AUGGCUGAAGCCCUCUCCAUCGCAACUGAUCUAGGGUUCUCUAUCCCUCCUGUUGAGGAAGAGCUAAAGUCUUCUUCAAGCUCCUCUAGUGACAAAAGUGAUGACUUGAUUAGGGUUUUAAGAGAGCUUACUGUUGUUCAGAGAAAUAUUGCAAAUUUGCAAGUCGAACUUCAAGGAAGGAAGGAUGAUAAGAAUGUGGCACAUCUUACUCAUGUGAGCGAAAUGGAGAAGAAGUGUGAGUCAUUGGCUAGAAUUACAACAAUACUGAAAGGUGUUAUCCAAAAUAAGCAUUCCGUUUCUGUCAUGGAUUUUAGUUUUGGCGUGGUCUACUCCAUGCGAAAGUAA